GCAUCCGGAUUAUUACCAUUUUCAUUUUUUUUUUUUUUGGAGGGGUGGUUUUAUUGUAUUAGAAUAUUCCAGAAGGAAGAGAUUGGUGGGAGACCUCUUAGUCCAUAAAUAUAGACCCUCCGCUCCCGGAACCACAGGCGAAUCCUAUCGAAUUGGAAGAGAAGAGAGAGUGAAGGAGAGAUGGCUCCGAUCGCGGUAGGGGAUACGCUCCCGGACGGGACGUUGGGAUGGUUCGAUGAGAACGAGCAGCUGCAGCAGGUGUCGAUCCACGGCAUCGGUGCCGGCAAGAAGAUCGUCCUUGUCGGCGUCCCCGGCGCCUUCACCCCCACCUGCAGCUCGCAGCAUGUGCCGAGCUUCAUCAAGAGUGCCGAGGAGCUCAAAUCAAAGGGCAUCGAUGAGAUCCUUGUUAUUAGCGUCAAUGAUCCGUUUGUCAUGAAGGCAUGGGCAAAGACAUAUGCUGAGAACAAGUACGUGAAAUUCCUGGCUGAUGGUUCCGGAUCUUACACCCAUGCUCUUGGCCUUGAGCUCGAUCUCUCAGAGAAAGGGCUUGGUCUCCGCUCGCGGAGGUAUGCCGUCUUUGCGGAUGACCUGAAGGUCAAGGUUGCAAACAUCGAGGAGGGUGGAGCAUUCACCAUAUCAGGAGCCGAUGAGAUCCUCAAGGCACUCUGAGAAAUCCACCUCUCCGAUGCUUGUCGUUUGGGUUUCCCUAGUUUUCUCAUGGGCAUUAUGGUGUUUUAAUUACCAGCGAGAUUUUGAGGUUUGGUAUGUAGUACGUGCUUUGUUUGGAGUUCGCAUCUGUAUGUCGUAUCUGGGAUUUAAAUAAGUUGCUAUUAGAGGAAACUUUCCGAGCUGAAC